UUCUAAUAUGCUUGGUCAGUGUUCCCUUGAUAGCAAAAUUACGCCCGCAAUAGGAGCACGAAUAUGGUUUUUCUCCACUAUGUAUUCUCAUUGAAAAGGCAUUAUGGAUUUUGAUAGUGAUGACGAAAGUGCAUUAUUACAAGAUGAUUACUAUGCUUUUUUAAAUAUUUCUAAGGAGGCUACCAAAGAAGAGAUUAACAAUGCUUACAGAAGGCUAAGCCGAAUUUACCAUCCUGAUAAACAUCUUGAUCCUGAAAAGAAGCAGAAAGCUGAAAUACUGUUUAAUAAGACAAAAAAGGCAUAUGAAGUAUUAUCAGAUCCUCAUCAAAGAGCAAUUUAUGAUAAUUUAGGGGUAAAAGGACUAGAGACAGAAGGUUGGGAAAUAGUCCAACGUACUAAAACACCAGCGGAAAUAAGAGCAGAAUAUGAGCAGCUUGCUGAGGAGAGGGCUGAGAGGCGAAAACAGCAGCGUACAAAUCCUCACGGUUCCAUUACCGUGAACAUUAACGCCACAGAUUUAUUCAACCCUUAUAUUAACGAGUAUGGGGUGCAAGAUGAAUAUGAGAUUGAAGAAAAUUCAGUACUUCCAAACAUUGAAGUAUCGGGCAUGAGUUUUAAUCAAUCUGUUGAGUUUCCUUUAACUCAAAAAGAUACUGCGACGUUGUCAGGACAACUUCAAUUAACCAGAGCUAAUCAAGUUUACUCUUUUCCGAUUCAUUUGUGCGAAGAAGUGAUGCCCGCGCCUGUGUUUUAUGGUACCAUAGUGCCUCUUAUAGUGUAUGCAGUAAUAAAAAAAAGUCUAGUCGAACCUUUCUUGAAAGAGCAGGAGGCAAAAAGGGCCGAAACGGAAAAGCAAAAUAAUCGCACCAAAUUACUGGAGAAGCGAAAGGAGGCGCAGGCCGCUGUCGAACUUAUGUCAGCAACAUAUGCUCGGAUAGUAAGAGACGAAGAUGCAAAGAAAGGACUAGUCAUUGAAAAGGCCCUUUAUGGAAAAGCCCUGAGAAGUAACAAUAGGGAUUCAGGUGAUUUUGCAGAAGAAAUUCUGGAUGUAACAAUACCCUUACAAUGUCUGGUUAAGGACAGUAAAUUGGAAUUACAUAAUCAUACUAAGAGUCAGCUUCCCGGAUUCUUUGACCCUGCCUUAGGUGAAAACAAAUAUUUAUACGUGAAAUACAAGUUUCGCGACCAAUUUCACGAAAUAACAAUUAACGAUAACGAACCGUUAAGGAUACCAAAAACAGCUCACCGUACCAGUGUCACGUAGUAGAGACGUUUCGUAGUAGAUUCAUUAGAAUUUUUAGUCUAAUCAUGAUGUAAAGAGAUGUAUAUACAA